AUGAAGUUCAUCAUCCCCACCAUCCUCUCCGUCUCCAUGGUCGCCAUGGCCCUCCCCAAGGACAUUGAGGUCCGCCAGGCUUUCCAGGACCAGUGUACCGGCCUCGAGCUCUCGUGCUGCUCGGGCAUCUCACAGGCAAACCCCACCGAGGUUACCCCGACAGCUGAACAAGCCGGCCUGGUCAACGCUGUGGUCCAGGUCGUUGGCGCCGUGACCCCCACCAAUCUCCUCUCUGGCUGCGCGCCUCUUAUUGGGAGCUCUACCGUGACAUGCCAGAAUUACGUUGCGUGCUGUGUUCCUGAUGAAUUGACAACCGAUGCGACGGUUGUCAAUGUCCCACUGGCCACCGACAGGCCAUGCAGAGUCCUGAAGGAUAUUCAGGUGUCCAGGAGGCCCGGUCUCCUCGGUCUUGGUCUGGGUCUGUGA